GGGAAAACUUUAAACAGCAGAUAAUUAGUCAUUUUAAAUAAGCACGAGGAGAAAAAAAGGAAACCUUCCAUCAGUUUUGUGUUCAUAAAAGUUGUCAGCAAUCCUGCUUUGAUUGUAAAGGGUUUACAGCUAUAUGUUUGAAUAGCUAAAACAUCUGUUCAGCAACAUUGUGAAAUCAUUGUUUUCGGAGCCCUUGAUAAGGGGGACUGCUGAGUGAUUGGCUCAUACUGGCUCUACAGGCAGCAAGGGCUGUACACUCAGUGGUCACCACUCGCCUUUCCUCCUCCUGGUCAGAGGAAAACGUAGGAGACAGCGACUAUUUAAUGCGCAAUUUUCCUUUGAGAGACAGAGAGCAGGAAGUGCCUAGGAAAUGGUUCACGACAGAAACCUGGAGCUGUAAAUAGGAGAGAGGAGGAGGAGAGCUCAUGGGUGCAGUUUGUGAAAGCUGAAAUACUGAUACUACAGCAGCAGAACAAACCCAGACUUCCGUAAGAGCAAGCACAUCCUAGGCCAUCCCGAUGGAAGGAGAGACGGUACCUGAGUCCAGGAGAGCAGCCAGCAAAGCCACACGAAUUGCUCUUGGAAUCUUUGUGAGUGGCACUGUUGUGCUUGGCACUGCACUUUUCUUGGUUAGCCAAGGUAUCAUAAAGUUUCAGCCUAAGCAACAGUACUGUUUGACCCCAGAAUGCAUUGAAGCUGCUGCUGGCAUCCUAAGCAAGAUAAAUCAAUCUGUAGAUCCGUGUGAGAAUUUUUAUCGAUUUGCAUGUGAUGGCUGGAUAUAUAAUCACCCUAUUCCUGAAGACAUGUCAAACUAUGGUGUUUAUCCUUGGCUGAGACACAAUGUAGACCUCAAACUAAAGGCAUUGCUUGAGAAACCCAUCAGCAAAAGGCGAGACAGUGAAGCUGUGCAGAAGGCCAAGAUCCUUUAUGCAUCCUGCAUGAAUGAGAAUAAAAUUGAAAAAGCUGACGUGAAACCCCUCUUAAGUAUACUGAGACACUCACCUUUUCGCUGGCCUGUGCUGGAAUCCAACAUUGGACCUGAAGGGCUGUGGUCAGAAAGGAGGUUUAGCUUAGUCCAAGCCUUGGCAACUCUUCGUGGUCAACACAGUAACUCUGUCUUCAUCCGUUUAUAUGUGGCUGCUGAUGACAAAAUCUCCAAUCGUUAUAUCCUGAAGUUCGACCAAGCAAGCCUCUCUCUUGCAUCUCGAGAGGAUUACCUAGAGAACACCACAGAAGCCAAAUCUUAUCGAGAUGCCUUUUUGCAGUUCAUGGUUGAUACAGCAGUGCUUCUGGGAGCAAAUGCUUCACGAGCUGAGUCUGAUAUGAAGUCGGUUCUAAGACUGGAAGUUAAAAUAGCUGAGAUCAUGAUUCCAUACGAAAAUCGAACAAGUGAGGUGAUGUACAAUAAAAUGAACAUAUCGGAGCUUAGUGCCAUGAUUCCACAGUUUGACUGGCUGGGAUACAUCAAGAAGGUGAUUGACACCAGACUCUAUCCUGAGCUCAAAGAUAUAGGUCCUUCAGAAAACGUGAUUGUCCGUGUUCCCCAGUACUUCAAAGAUUUAUUCAGGAUACUAGAAAAUGAAAGGAAAAAGACUCUUGCUAACUAUCUGGUGUGGAGGAUGGUUUAUUCAAGGUUAUUUAACCUCAGCAGACGUUUUCAGUAUCGGUGGCUGGAAUUUUCUCGGGUGAUCCAUGGAACCACAACUUUGCUGCCCCAGUGGGAUAAAUGUGUGGACCUUGUUGAAAAUGCUCUCCCUUAUGUUGUGGGUAAGAUGUUUGUGAAUGCCCAUUUCCAAGAAGACAAGAAAGAGAUGAUGGAGGAGUUGACUGAAGGAAUUCGUUGGGCUUUUAUUGACAUGUUGGAGAAGGAAAAUGACUGGAUGGACUCUGAAACAAAGAGAAAAGCUUACGAGAAGGCAAAGGCAGUUAUGGCAAAAGUUGGUUACCCUCAGUUUAUAAUGAAUGACACAUAUAUUAAUGAAGACAUCAAAACACUGAAGUUUACAGAAAGUGACUAUUUUGGCAAUGUGUUGCAAACUCGCAAAUAUGCAGCUCAAUCUGAUUUCUACUGGCUUAGAAAAGAAGUUCCAAAAACAGAGUGGUUUACAAGCCCAACUACUGUAAAUGCUUUUUAUAGUGCAUCUACCAACCAAAUCAAGAGUAUUAGUUUUUGACAGGGACAACGUGAA